UUCCUCCAGUUUGCUCCCAAAGGGCCCUGAAGUCAACGAAGCAAGGGCGCAAAGAUUUUUGACUCGCUACAGGAGCUUCCGUGACUACACAGCAUCCAAAUUCGAUAAGAAUUCAAAUUUAAUAAUUUUUAUGAACAAGAGUUAUGAAAACCUUGAACAGAAAAAAAUUAAUGGCACCAACGAGAGAUCUGAGCCAGCUGUAAUCAGAUAGAAAAGGACCUGUUUCUCCUCCCACUCCUCCUCCCUCCCCCUGCCUCCUUGUUCCGUGCAACAGGUCUAGAUGAGACCCAACUAACGGACGAACGGACGGAGCAAACGCAAGGAGCUGACUUAAGCCCCCUUUUAUUUGAAAGUAGCGCAAUGAUGUUUCGGACAGCUGUAGAGCAUGCCAAGAAGCACCCUGGUCUAAUCCCCCAAUUUUUCUUCAUCUGCUUGGGAAUGGGUGGUGCUAGUCUAUACCUGGUCCGACUGGCCAAAGGACCUCAUGUCACCUGGGAUAAAUCCAAUAACCCUGAGCCCUGGAAUAAACUUGACCCCACAUACCAGUACAAGUUUGUGACCAUCAAUACUGACUAUAAAAAUCUGAAGAAGGAUGGACCUGAAUUCUGAAUUCUUUCCUCCACGCCCAGGCAAUCUAAACACUCGCAUGCACAUACUAUAACCACUUCACCUUUAAUUCCUUUUCAAAUGUUUCAGAACUGUUACUUUGUUAUUAAGGAAGAAAUAAAAAUAUCUAAAAUAAAA